AUGUCUGCGGUGGGUGCUCGCCCUGGUCUUUGGGCUGUCACUCAUCUACUUCCUCAGGAGCACCUUCAAGCAGGCUAUAUUUGUGAGAGGAAGGAUUUGCUGGUGAAUGGCUGCUGCAACGUUAAUGUCCCUGGCACAAAGCAAUACUGCUGUGAUGGCUGCUGGCCCAACUGCUGCUGCAACUGCAAUGUCCCUAGCACAAAACAAUACUGCUGCCAUGGCUGCUGGUCCAGUGGCUGCUGCAACAUUAACCUGCUGCCCAACAAGCAGCUUCUCUUGGAGUGCUUCCCCAGUUGGGCAGCUGGGGCAUUCCAGAACCUCUUCAUGGCAGUUGAAGAACAUUUUGAGUUGUGCCUGGCCACAUGCAGAACCUCAACCCGGAGCAGGCAACAUGAGAACACCUACCAGUACCCCAUAGCAAAGUCUUGCUAA